UACAGUAUGUCAGUUGAUGACAAGAGUCUCUGCAUACAAAACUGAGUCUUUCAUCACUCUGUUACCUUUCCUGAUUUGUCAGGUACCACCAUUAUAAUUUUGAUGCAUGUUGUGCUUUAGUAUUGUAAUCACACAUAUACCACAGUGUCCAUGAGAACAGUUUCUACAGUAUUACCAUGCACCAAUCCACCCACCCAUUUGGCAGAAGAUUUCAGCCUGUCCUUAGCUCAUACAGCUUAUAAAUGAUGUUUUCCACUUGAAUCAUAUGACAGUCUGUGAUGUUUGUCUGUCGCCGAUGAAGUGUCUGAACUUCUAUUAAAACUACAUCCAGCCUCAUCCCUCUGCUCUCUAAUAAACUUUGACAAACUUCACAUCGUUCUCUAACAUACUUCAUUCCAGUGCAAUGCUGGUACUGCUUUUGGAAUUAGCAUUAACACAGGUAUGACAAAUAAUGAUUCAUACAGCUUCCAUAUCAUCUGGCAUUGACACAUAGCAGUGACUCAAUGCACCUGAGCUAUCCAAUGAGCGUGUAUAUCAGUCCAUCCAAAGGGAUGAAUAUGGAAUACCAGAUGUUUGAAUACUGGUAAGCCACAAAACACUGGGCCUUUUAAGUGGCUUUGCCAGUAUCAGGACUGUGAUGGGAAGUUAUGGGUCGGGUUGAGGUUAGUGUGUGAUUGUGUGGACGUUAGGGUUUGGUCGCGGCUUAGGUGAGCUAAGGUUAGGGAGGGGGUAAGGUGGGUGUGCGAUAGUGAAACACUUUAAGAUUAGCGCUGGAUAAGUGAUUUAGGGUUAGGGCGUGGUGACGGUGAGUGCGUGAUAGUCACAGGCAUUAGGCUUUGGGUUAAGGUAAGUGUAUAGGUAUUAGUGUAUGUAGAGUUUAGUGUAGGGUUAUAUGUACUAUUUUGAAUGUUUGUGUAUGAUCUUCCCUGUCAAAACAAUUCACUAUUCUGAGACUUCGAAGUUUGUGCAGUUUGUGGUUUUAAGUUAGAACAUAUGUUGUUCGAACUUCAUACGUUUGUAUGUACUGAUAUAGACCCGUCCAAUUACUGUGAUAUGCAGAUGAAGAUGACUUGUGCAAGGACUAUGCUGCUAGCAAGCAUCCACUUUGUGUGUUGAUUGCCAACAUAUGCGUAGCAGUAGUUUACAUAACACUGAAAGUGCAAGUGCAUGUAAGAAAGAAAAAUCAACUUAUUUUUUCAGACUCAAGAAUCACAGUACUCAUUAUACAUUGUCUUGUGGUGUCUCUGUUGUAUGCUGCCGGAUAAAAAAAAUAAUUAUUAAAGCUGUGGCCGUAAAAUGGAUGCAGAAUGCCAUUUGACUGCAGAUUUACGUGGGGGACUUGAUGGUAAAACAAACUCAAAUGUACUAAUACUGUGAUUAUCUAUAAACAUCACAUAUUCAACAAUUUUUAGCUUUUUCAUGUCACAGAUAUCAGCCAUGUAUUUUGGAGUCUGUUUCCUGUAGCAGCAUACAAUAACAUGGAAGACUGGUAGUAUGCUUAGAAUAAUCUUAAUUAUUGAAUCUGCUGGCUUUCGUGCUUUGAGUACUAAUGAGUUCAAUCAGCAUGUUGUGUCACGAGUCGGACUGAAUACAGUUUACUGUGCUGUAUCUGCACAUUGUUUAAAACCAUAUCUCAUAUACAUACUUAUCAGUAAUUGUCAUAGACAGGGGUUAAAUAUGUUUAUCAGAUAACCUGGCGUUGUCAUUACCACUCACUAAAACAAUUGCCAAAACUUUAUUCCCAUAGCUUUAUCAUGAAAAAUAACAACAGCAUUGCCCUUACAAGUCAAAGUGCUAUUGCUAGUGCUUCAAACCGGGAAAAUCCAAGAUUUCCGUCUACUGCCAGCGCCUCAGCAGCUACUCCAAACAACUCACAACUGGUGCAACCGAGAUCAAGUUCAACAAGAGUGUGUGUCAACGUAAGCACCAGAAGAAGAAGAAGAAGAAUACCAGCCAACAGUAUUGGGCACAUAAAGGAUCAAAUUCAAGCACUUACAAGAGAGCAACUUCAAGAUUUAUGUGUAACUAUAGCGGAAAUGAAACCAACCCUUAUCAGUGAUCUUCUGCGGGCCACUUCCAAUGCCAUCCGCCAACCCUCUACAACACAGUCACGGCACAAUGUUCCCGAAUGGUGUGUUUGCACCAACUGUCGAGUAAUGCCUACAGAAGUGGAGAGUGUUUGCUGCAGUUAUGAUCCACAAGACUGCAUAUCAGUUCUGCAGGAAAUGCAGGAAUGUGUUCUACCCAGAAGUGUUCUUCAGAUUGCACAUGCUUAUCGUACAUCUGUAUUUGGUCUGCCACAGGAAGCCGAUGAAAAUAAGCGAAACCGUCACACCGCAUACCGGCAGUUCACAUUGUGGAGGUAUGGCAGGCUUGGAAGUAGAGUAAGAAGACCCAUCCCGAGCUGCUGUAUAUGGCGUAUCCGGGAUAAAUAUCCCGAUCCUCAGGGGUCCUAUACCGGAUUCCGGCCAUCAACAUUUGAGGAUUGAUGAAGUUUCAUGUCUGUGUUUACUUUAUUGUUUUCUCUUUAAAUGAAAGCUAUAGAUAUCUUGAAUAGCUUUUAAAUUUUGUGUUUUUUUUAUUGUAAUUAUAUUUGUAUUUUAGCCCCGUGUUAUUCAUUUCAGUUAUUAAGUC